AUGCCGCUUUGCGAGAUCUGUGACUCUCUUGACCUUGAGCAAGAUGAUCUUACGGAUUCUGGUAUCAAUUUAGGGCCGUUCAAAGACCUGCUUACGCGAGCUGAAAAAGGCUGCGGCGCAUGCGAAUUCUUCUGCAACGUGUUGCAGACUUCUAGUCGAUGGACAGCGAGGCUCGACGGGCUUGCCGAGCGAGUGGUCUUUCUUGACAGUUCCCGCUUGGACGCGAGGAAGCCGACGAAGCUUGGUAACCGCACUUAUUGUGCAGACGACUUGCGUUUGGACCAGUGCGUUCCAGAGGAUUAUGAGGGCCCACUAGACGAGGAGGUCGAUCGUGUUCGUCGCAUCCCCCUCGACCUAAGGGACGAAAAGUGCUUUAGUCUGAUUCAAGCUUGGACUGCUGAAUGUGCUGCUCAUAGCAUCUGUUCCAAGCCCUUGCCUGUUAAACUACCAGAGAAUAUCAUUGAGAUCCCGACAGAUUCUGCAUUUGCUCCCAGGCUGUGUUCGUCGAAUGGUAGAUCAGGGUCUUAUGUGAUUCUGAGCUACUGUUCCGGGGAUAUCGAGUCUUCGAUUCAGCGAGAGGCAGGUAACAUCGACUUCUUGGCUCCACUAGAUGUGCCUUCCCUUCCCAAGACUUUGACAGAUGCGAUAGAAAUCGCACGCAAGCUAGGGUAUCAAUACCUGUGGACCCGAACCCUUUGCACUUCCAGAGAGCAAUGGGGCAACGAUCCGGCUCGAAUUGCGGCAAUAUACGGCCAAGCGGCUUUGAUGCUUUCAGCGGAAGUUGCGGACAAUGCGGGCUCGGGAAUUUUCCAUGACAGACGGGUAUUUUACUCUCCUGCGCUAGGUCGCAACAAAGACAAGUACCUUCGACAGCGGCUCCUGCGAUGGACAUCAGACAUUGAGGAGUCUCCGCUGGCGGGACAAGGGUGGGAGAUUGUCGAAAGAAUGCUUGCUCCGCGCGUUUUAGAUGUCACGAGGCGUCAAUUGACCUGGGAGUGUUCUUCUGGGUACCAGUUCGAGGCCUCUGGAAUUGUCGACAAAAAAACAGGCUCCGGGCGAAUUCGACAGCGCUACGUCAAGGGAGCCGUGCAGCCGUACAUCGACAGGUUCCUCCAGGGUCAAGUAAAGGAAGCUGGUGGCGUUGGGGACGAGGUGGACAUCAGCAAGGAAGUGGCACGACUCGAGGCCUGGCAUCGGUGUGUAGACGCCUUUUCGAAGGGGUCAGUCAGUGUGCCAUCCGACAAGCUACUAGCCAUGAUGGCUCCCCUCGCAUCUGCCAUCAAUGAUGGCACUCUGGGCGAGUAUCUCGCGGGAAUUUUGGAGCAAUGA